AUGGCGCGAAACAGCGAAAAAGCCCAGUCGAUGCUGUUCCGCUUCCGGGCGCAGCAGGCCGCGGAUCUCGGAAUCAUCGACAUGGGUCGCACCCGGCGUCCCAAGGCGAUCACGUCGGUGGACUCGAUCCCCAUGUGUGAAAAAUGGCGUGGGCAGGUCCUCAAGGAGAUUUCGCGCAAGGUGUCCCGCAUCCAAGAGCCGAGUUUGAGCGAUUAUCAGAUCCGGGACCUGAACGAUGAGAUCAACAAGCUGAUGCGCGAGAAGUGGAUCUGGGAGAUGCAGAUUCGGAAUCUGGGCGGUCCGAAUUAUAUGCGUGGUUCCGGGCGGGUGUAUGAUGAUGAGGGGAGGGAGAUUCCCGGUGGUGGGAAGGGUUAUCGAUAUUUUGGACGCGCUAGGGAGUUACCUGGUGUUAAGGAGAUGUUUGAGGCUGCGGCUCGACGUGGUCGUAAGCCUGCGGAAGAGGAGGGGGAAGAGAGUCGCGGUCGAGGUGGGGAUAUCGCGACGAGGAAGGUCGAUGCGAACUAUUUCGGCUAUGGGCUGGAUGAAGAGGAUGGUACGCUGCUAGCCUAUGAGAAGCAGAAGGAGAAGGAGGCUGUUGAGCGUCUGCGUGAAAAGAAGGAAGACGACGUUGAGGACGGAUGGGAGCCAUUGCCUGGUGACGCUGGUGACGGCGUGGAAUGGCGAUUGCCGACUCUGGAAGAAGUACAGGAGGAGCUUGUUGACCGUCGGAGGAGAAGGCUGUUGGAGAAGAUCACUUGA